ACGUGACCCGCCAAAGCCCUCAGUGACAGGUUGGGAGGUUUCGUGUUUGUGUAUUUUGGGUUAGCGCUCGCACUUUGACAAGUUAUGCGGAACUGGCCGCCCGCUCUGCGUGUUGUGGCUGGAGCUUCCUAUUUGCUGAGGAGCUCAGAAACAGGUUUACAGGCGGACUGCUCGCUGGGUAAACGCGACAGGAGCCGCUCCAGCUGGUUAAUGCACCGGAGCCAAGACGAUGUGACUUUAUUCGGACUCUAGUUUCUGCCUUAGAGGACUGUUUUUUAAAACUUUUUUUUACUUUUGUAUUUUUGCGUGCGUGCGCGCCUUGUCGACAUGAAGUUUAACGGGUACCUGAAGCUGCGCAUCGGGGAGGCUCUGGACCUCAAGCCCACCACCGUCUCCACACGCCAUUCCGUCAUCUUCAACAAGGCUCCCACGGCGCUGGACCCCUACAUGGUGGUGAAGGUGGACGAAUACAAAAUCGGACAAACCCACACCAAGCAGAAGACCAACCAGCCGACCUACAACGAGGAGUUCUGCAUGAACGUCAACGACGGCAAGCAGAUCGAGCUGGCCGUCUUCCACGACACCCCGAUCGGAUAUGAUGACUUUGUGGCCAACUGCAUCAUCCAGUUCGAGGACCUCAUCAAGACCAUCAACUCGGGGGAGAACUUUGAGGAAUGGAUGGACUUGGAACCAGAGGGCAAGGUCUAUGUCACAAUUACACUCAACGGAUCCUUCACUGACGAUGAUGCUGUAAUAACGGUGAAGACUCCAAAGCAGUUUACAAGAGCGCGGCAAGGAGCCGUGAGGCGCAGGAUCCACCAAGUCAACGGGCACAAGUUCAUGUCCACGUUCCUCCGUCAGCCCACCUUCUGUUUUCACUGCAAGGAGUUCAUCUGGGGAGUUUUUGGAAAGCAGGGCUACCAGUGUCAAAUCUGCACGUGUGUGGUUCACAAACGGUGCCAUCAGCUGGUCGUCACUGUGUGUCCGCGCAUGAAGAAAACGGCGAAAGAUCAGCCUAUAACCCAAGGCUUCAGCAUCAACGUCCCACACAAGUUCAACCAUCACAACUACAAGUCGCCCACCUUCUGUGACCACUGUGGCUCCCUUCUGUGGGGAAUAGUCAGACAAGGACUGCACUGUAAAAUCUGCAAAAUGAACGUCCACAUCCGCUGCCAGGGCAAUGUUGCUCCAAACUGCGGCGUGAACAGCGUGGAGUUGGCCAACACGCUCGCACAGAUGGGUCUGCAAGCGGGAGGACUCUCCAAGCGGAACACAAUAGUCAAAAAUGCAACAAACAGUCAGUCAGAGCAGAAAAGGGCAGCGUCCGAUAGGAGGGAGAGUACGGCGAGUACGGCGAGUACAGAAAGCAGACAACAAAUGCCUCGCCUGGGAAUUUCAGAUUUCACUUUCCUUCAAGUCCUUGGCAAGGGGAGCUUUGGAAAGGUCAUGCUGGCAAAACUUAACGGAAAAGAGCGUGUUUUUGCUGUGAAGGUGUUGAAAAAGGACAUCAUCUUACAGGAUGAUGAUGUUGAGUGUACCAUGACAGAAAAGCGAGUGUUGUCUUUGGCCCGCUGUCACCCCUACCUCACAGAGCUCUACUGCUGCUUUCAGACACCGGACCGUCUCUUCUUUGUGAUGGAGUUUGUCAACGGCGGGGAUCUCAUGUUCCACAUCCAGAAGUCCAGGAAGUUUGAUGAGCCCAGAGCUCGGUUCUACACCGCAGAGAUCACGUCUGCUCUCAUGUUCCUGCACAGCAAAGGCAUCAUCUACAGGGAUCUAAAACUGGACAAUGUUCUUCUGGACAAAGACGGUCACUGUAAGCUGGCCGAUUUUGGGAUGUGCAAAGAAAACAUAUUUGAAGGCGCGGCCACAGGGACCUUCUGUGGAACUCCAGAUUACAUUGCUCCUGAGAUCCUGCAGGAAAUGAUGUACGGCCCCUCGGUGGAUUGGUGGGCCCUGGGUGUUCUGCUGUACGAGAUGCUGUCAGGACACGCCCCCUUCGAGGCCGAAAAUGAAGACGACCUCUUCGAGUCCAUCCUCAAUGAAGAGAUUGUUUACGCGUCCUGGCUCAGCACGGAGGCUGUCAAUAUCCUCAAAGCUUUGCUGACCAAAAACCCAGCGCGGCGCCUGGGCUGUGUGCCUGCAGAGGGUGGCGAAAGUGCCGUGACCAGCCACGUUUUCUUCACCGGCAUCGACUGGGAGAAACUAAAUAAUAGAGAAAUGGAGCCGCCGUUUAAGCCAAGAAUUAAAACCCCAGAGGAUGUGAACAACUUUGACCCAGACUUCACUCAGGAGGAGCCCACGCUCACACCCAUCGACGGUCCAGUUAUACCUUCUGUCAACCAGGAGGAGUUUAGAAACUUUUCCUUCACCUCACCUGAACUGCUUGAGAUUUAAUUUUUUUUUCAUCUCUGCAGUAAAGUGAAACUAGAACAAUCACCCAAAAAAAAACACCAUUCAGCAAGAAAGCAGGACUCUUCAUCAACUCGCAUGACUCUGGAUGGAUCUAGUUUUAACGGUCACCUGGCUUCAUGUUAUUGUUCAUCCAAAGUGUUUACAAAAUGCACUUCUUUAUGCUUUUGUAUUGUAAUGAUUUUUCUCUAAUGUGAAAGAGCCUUUCUAUUGCAUGUUUUCAUGCUUUUGCUGUCCCUUUUGGACAUCACAAGCCUGAGGUUUCCUGAAAAGUCAAGAGUGCCUGUUAACUCCAGGAAAAGACUGUGAGAGCAGAAAAAAUACUUCCUCUUUGAUGCUCGCCUACUGUGGAAAAGUACUGGCUCAAACUCAAAGGCUCUCCCUAAAUUGAAGGUUUUUGGUUUGACUAAAAUUAAUAAAUGUAUUAAACUAAACUGACGGUAUGUCAAUUAAAUUAAUUCUGUAGCCAAUAUCAGUCAGUAUGCUGGCAACUUUGUACCCAUUGAAAUGGCUCUAACCGGAUCAGACAUGCCCAAGUGAGAUGAUGCAAGGUUCUAGCUUACAGGAAAGCAAUGUGAUGAUUCAUACUGACUGGAGAAAACUCAGAAAUGGGCACUACACCAGAAUGUUUCUUGUACAAUUGCAGCUGUUUGUGUUUUUUUUUUUUUUUUUUUUUUUUUUGCGGUAAAUUUCUGAAGAUUGCGACUACUUUUUUCCUUCAAUUGAGCUACUAAAAGCUUAAUGGUUGUCUCUGCAGGACACUUUUGUCUCAGUGAAAUCAGAAACUCAGCAGGAGAGAAUCAAAUGAGGACUUUAACCUAACAUUACUGUUACUUUGUGCGACCCACCUUUGCCUCAAGUUGCAGAGGAUAAACAGGAAACCACAGAAUGUCUCUGCAAUCGCUUUUAAUCGAAACAGAAAAAAAACAAGAGUGACAGUAUUUUCUUGUUUGGUACGUGGGGAAGUAUUUGGAGAUAAAGCAGAAAAAUGAGCCCUGAUAAUCUCUGGAGGUUAAAACAGCACAGACGGACCCUUCCUGUGACUUUGAAGGCGGAAGUCGUCAAGCUCUACAUGUCUUUAUCGCUUCAGCCCUGGACCAGUUCGAAA